AUGAAUUUUUUGGAUGAACCAGAUCCUUGGCGGAGUCACUCAAGUGCGGAUGAUAGCAAAGGGGGAGAUAUUUGGGCAAAUAGCGAUGCAGGCAACCUAGGAGCAUCCUCAGUUCUUCAAGCGGAUGCACUAGUUUCACGCAUGGCAGACACAUCUCUAAAUGACAGUAGAGGAGGAAUUGCAUCGAGUCAUUUAACAGCAACAAAUUUGUUCAGUGACCCAGAUGAUAAUACCUUGCAGGGCAGUGCUUGGAGUGCAAGUUUAGAUACAGGCAACGUGGCAACCCUAGCAGGGACUCAAGAUGAUGCUGUGUUCUCAAGUCAGGUUGAGACCUCUACAGAUGAUCACACAGAUACAUUGAACGCACAAGAAGAUUUAAGCAGGUGGAUUGAAAACGUGAGGAAAACCUACAAUCCAUUAUCUAUGAAUAUUGUCCAAAUUGAAGAAAUCCCAGAAAGAGAAGGCAUCCUUUUCAAACAUACAAACUAUCUUGUCAAGCAUUUAGUCGACCUUCCGGACACAGAUCCAUCUACUGACAGAAGUGUAGUUAGGAGAUAUUCUGAUUUUCUUUGGUUGCAGGAAGUCUUGUUAAAGAAGUACCCAUUUAGACUUAUCCCUGACCUCCCACCCAAAAAGAUUGGUUCCCAAAAUACCGACCCUAUAUUUCUAACUAAAAGGAGAAACGGUUUAACCAGAUUUAUAAAUCUCAUCAUGAAGCAUCCUGUUUUGAGGAAGGAUGACUUAGUUCUCACGUUUUUGACUGUACCAACUGACUUAUUAGGCUGGAGAAAGCAAGCAAACUAUGAUACAACCGAUGAAUUCACUGACAGGAAAAUAACACCAUCAUUCAUGAAAAUGUGGCAAAAGGAACUCUCUGAUUUAUGGAAUCAAGCGGAUGCGGCUAUAGAUUCGGCACUAGAAUCAUGGGUAAAGAUCACCGUUCUCGUCGAACGAUAUGAAGCAAGGCUAAAAUAUGUUGCUCAAGAUAGAGCACUUCUCAGUACUAUUUUAAAUGAAUUCAACGAAAGCUCCAAGCAUAUUUACUCGCCAGACCAAAGCACAAUUCAUGAUAUUAGCUCACACGUUCAAAUGAUUUCAGAUCAUCUAGCUAAAUGUAAUGAUUUGGUUUCGAGAGAAAAUGAUGAGAUGGGCAGCACAUUGUCUCCCAAAUUUAAGACGUUUAUUGACAUCCUGCUUUCAUUAAAAGGUCUUUUUGAAAGGUAUAAGAUAAUGGCCGGGAAUAACGUUCCACAAUUACAAAGACGCAUUGAAUUAAGUAUGGAAAAACUCGAACAAAUGAAAGGAAAACCGGAUUUAAAAGGCGCGGAGUAUGAUAGGGUGAAGCAAGCAAUCGCCAGAGAUCGUAGAAGUAUUGCAGAACAGAUGAACAGAAGUUGGUUAAUCCGGGAGUGUAUUCUAGAAGAGUUUACCAUUUUUCAAGAAACUCAGUUCUUAAUUACCAACAUAUUUCAAGACUGGAGCCAAUUGAACAUGAAGUACUGCGAAUUAAGUUCCAACGAAUGGGAGAGGCUCUUUGAUAAUGUCAGAGCCAUGCCUCUGUCCAGAGAUUAA